GAUCUGAACCGACUAAUUUCCAUCGAACCCGACGAAUCCUCACAUAACGAUAGCAACUUCGAACAUAAUCGGGCUUGAACACACACGUAAACAUAAGAUAGCUACGUGAUGGUCUGAAAUACAAGAGCCCGCCCGACGGUCCUAGUGGCGCCCCGCCGACUUCACCAUGGACGCGCCACCCGUCAAGCUCUCGGAGCUUCUCCGACACCCAGACGACCUCGAUAAGAUCCCCGCGCUGAAGCUGGAAUUCACGCGAAAGAAGAAUGCCGUUGACUCUCAGCUACGAGGAGGGCUGCGGGAGCAACUGGAAACCACCCAGGCUGGAAUGAAUGGCAUUACCGAUGGCCAGAAGACGUUGCAGCUGAUUAGAGACGAGAUGAUGAAGAUCGAUACCCUCUGCUCCGAGUCGCAGAACAUGAUUAAAGACUUUGCCAGCAUCAACCUGGUGUCCCAGGCCCACAGAAACUUCGGUGCGGUGGAAACGAUGGUGGAAAAUCUCCAGACAUUUAAUGAUCGCCUUAACAGGGUCGAGAACAUGCUGAGGGAGGACGAGGCCGACAAGGAGAACAUGCCCAACCUUCUUGGUGUACAUUACGAACUAACGCAACUACGAAACAUUCGAGACGAUGCCAUGGAACAGAUAAGCCGAGCCGACGACCCAAGUCUACAAUCUACUCUAGAGGAUUACUUUUCGAGGUUGGACGAGGCGAUAGACUGGUUUGAUGAGCAUGUUGGCCUAGUCGCGCUGAACAUGAUCAACCUCUUGAUUGCGGACAACAACAGUUUGGUGGUUCGUCUAGCUAUUAUCGUCGAAGCCGAGGAGAAAAGUGAUCAAAGGGUCGAGGCUCUGCAGGAGGCAUUGAAGGACCAUAAGGAAAUGGCUACACGGUUCCAAAGUAUCACAGACGGUGCCAAGAAAGUUAGAGGAUACAAGGAGAAAUUCCUAAAAGCAAUUUCCGUUAACUGCGAAGGGCAAUUUGCCGAAGUUAGAGGGGAGUUCUUGGACGACCCUACGAAGCUGGAUAAGAUGAUGAAGUGGUAUUUUAACGACCUUAAUGCUGUCAAACAGGGGAUGGUGUCCUUGAUGCCCAAGAAGUGGAAGAUUCUUAAGACAUACGGGGACAUAUAUCACCAGCUAAUGCACGACUUCCUCGUCGGUAUGAUAGACGACCCCGAAUCCAGUUCGGCGAAUACGCUUGAGAUUAUUAACUGGCCCGAGAAGUAUUAUAAGAAGAUGCGGAAACUCGGGUUUUCAGAAACUGACCUCAAGCCUCACGUCAUUGACAACAGAGAGCAAGAGUUGGUUAAGGACUUCCGCCAGCUCAUCAUCAAAUUCCUCGACCAAUGGAUCGAGAGAAUUUUCGCGCAAGAAAAACGCGACUUCGCAGACCGAAAUGUUGAGGGUUCUAACCUGGAUACGGAUGAGUAUGGCUAUUUCCGUACCAAGAACCUGGUCGACAUGUGGCGCAUGUUGCGGGAACAGGUGGACGUUGCUGCGAAUUCGCAGAGAACCGAUGUAGCCGAGGGCGUGAUUGAUGCCAUGUUCCUUCGACUACGUGGCCGGCAGCAGUCAUUCCAGAAGAUGCUCGAAGAGGAAGCAGCGAGAUACGAGGCUGAUAAGGUACCCGAGCUAGAGGGCUUCCAGGCAUUACAAGAUUGGCUCAUCGCUACCGCCAAUGACCAAAUGGCCUGCAUCGACGACAACGAAGAGGAGAACCGUUUCGCGUACCUCUCGAGCUUCAAGCAAAAAUUCGAACCCCUGGUCACGCCACAGUACAUGGAGCGCGCCGAGAACGAGAUCGCCCUGCUCCGCGAGAGCUACAUCGACCUAAGUACCUGGUGCCUCAGCAAGUUCGCCAGCCUCGUCAUCGCAGUUGAUUUCGGCCCUGUGAUGCCAACUUUCUUCACGCCGAAAUGGUACGAGACGACAGCAAUGAAGCAGAUGAUCAUCACGAUCGAGGAAUACAUCGGCGACUACCAGCAAGUGCUGCACCACUCGCUCGUUGACAUCUUCAUCCAGAUCCUGGCGGACGAGCUGCUGGUCCAGUACCUCGGCAGCGUGCGCAACAAGGGCGCCAAGUUCCGGCGCACGGAGCCGUUCCAGGACAAGAUCUUUAACGACGUGGCGACCGCCUUCGAGUACUUCCGCAGCCUGCCGAACCAGGACCUGAGCUCCGAGAUCACGCAGACCUGGCGCGUCACCGAGGACUUUAACAAGCUCCUCACCGCCCCCAAGGAGCAGCUGCCCGACGUCUUCGAGGAGUUCAAGUCCAAGUACUGGGACCUGCAGAUCACCUGGGUCGAGGCCGUGCUCAGGUCGCGAGACGACUUCGAGCGCGCGAUGCUGAACUCGGUGAAGGCGCGCGCGGCGCAGAUGGAUGUCGUGAGGGGCCCCGAGACGAUCAUGGUUAAGAUUAAGUAGGUAGGUAGGUUACCUAGGUUAAAAAAUGGCUUUGUGAACUGUGGAAGCUGGAGGAUUUGUAAGGCUAGGCGUUGCGAUUAGUAUAAGUGAUAAUAACUAUGUUAUCAAUUCUUAAAUUUUGUUUCUGCUAUGGUAAUAGAGAUAGUGAUACAUGAUGUUUAUUGUCUAAUGAGUAUCUAGUGUGUUAGACUCGAGUAUCACCCUCAUGUCUCAAAAGGAUAGAUCACAAAAGGGCGCUAUUUUGGAGGACUCUUCAUGCUUCUUGUACGCUGCUUGGUUUCAACGUUUGUUAUCAAUUAGAUGUCUACCCUAUCCCUAACUCCAACUACUUCAUCUAACUACCUACUUUUUGUCAGUAGUGCUCAGAGCACAAUAUUUCCCGUACGACAAGUCCAAGACUUCAUGCUAUACCAUCUCACCUCGCGGAAAGAUACGAGAGUUCAGAAGUAUGUUAAGGGGAUAUCGGUGAGUAUACGUUUAAACUACACAAAAACUAGCACGGUAACCAAUCGCGUAACACCCGUACCUUACAUAUAACCCGCGCGCUUCCGCUUCGAGAAUGGAAGCUAGAACUCCGCU